UGCAGUGGACUGUGCCAAGCCCACACCCAGACCUCUCUGGAGGAGGAAUAAGAGGAGGAAGAAGAAGCUGCUCUGUCUACAUUCCUGCCACUCGGACACUGAAGCCAGAGAGGACACCGGCAGCAAAAGGUGACCCGGAGCCUCCAGGAUGUCCGAGCUGGAGAAGGCCAUGGUUGCCCUCAUUGAUAUCUUCCAUCAGUACUCAGGGCGAGAGGGUGACAAGCACAAGCUGAAGAGAUCAGAACUCAAGGAGCUCAUCAACAAUGAGCUCUCCCACUUCCUGGAGGAAAUCAAAGAGCAGGAAGUCGUGGACAAAGUCAUGGAAACACUGGAUGAAGAUGGAGAUGGAGAGUGUGACUUCCAAGAAUUUAUGGCCUUCGUCUCCAUGGUGACUACAGCCUGCCAUGAGUUCUUUGAACAUGAGUGAGACAAAAACAAGGAGCCGAGCUGUUCCUGUGGCAGACAUGAGUGUCACAAGUAGCAGCAGAGCAGAGGCUUGCAGGCUCGAAGGAGCUGAGCUCUCCAGUCACCUAUAACUCAUUAGGAAGCUUGAUUCGCUUUGGGAAUGAAAAACUGAAAGCCUCCCCAAGGGCUGCUUGAAAUUCGCACAUCAUUAUUUCUGCUACAUUAGGCAUUCCUGUGAGCUGUCUGGUCCCAGGAAGCAUGGGUAAGAAUCACUUAGGGGACAAAAUUAAUGCUCAGCAGUAAAGCAUGUGUUGCAGACCACCAUGCCCCUGUAGAAGCACCACCCAGAAGAAUUGAGGCAGACCACCAACAGCCAGUUCUAUAGGACAGCAUUCUUAAUGCUUCCAACAGACCCAAAACUCCACAGCUGGAUCCACUGUCACUGGAAGAGGUUGCUUUUCCUUACAUCUUCCAUACACUGUUUGUGCAAAUGAUGCCCAAGAAAGCAGAGAGCCUGAUUACAACACCUUCCCCCCAGCCCAAAUGAGCAGGGCACUUAAGUCUCGGCUUCCGGUGAGCAGCCAUUACUAAGUAAAUAGCCAAUAACAACAGUUCUAACUGCAAACAAAUAGAUCUCACAAACUAAGCAUUUACAUUCUAACUUGGGUCUGAGAGUCAAAAUUCUAUUCAGUAGAGUUCUUUUAGGACAACACUGCUGUUCCUGUAGGACAAGUACAUAGGAGGAGACUGGCUACAGUGUAGUGUACACUGUGAAGAUGUGUCACUCUGAUUGGUUUAAUAAAAAGCUGAAUG